CAAAAUAUAGUUUCUUUGCCAGAAUGGAAGUGAAGCGUUUAGAUAAUAAUGUAACGGCAAAUCUUCGAAGCGGCUAUAGUGUUAAUAAUAUACCACGAUGCGUUAACGAAUUGGUUUUAAAUUCAUUGGACGCAAAUUCAACACACAUCACAGUACGCGUGAACUUGACAACAUUCCGCAUUCAAGUCGUCGACGAUGGCGAAGGCAUUACAAAAACAAAUUUGGAACAUGUUGGCAAACGCUACUAUACCAACAAAUGCAACUCAACGCACGACUUAGAAAAAGUUCGCAAACAAUUCGGUUUCAAGGGCGAGGCACUUUCCUCAAUUGCUAACAAUGCGAAAAUAAUAAAAAUCACAUCCCGGGCAUGGGACACCACCGAUAGCCAAACUUUAAUGCAAACUUUUGACAAAACCAUCGAGGGAAACCAGCACACUAUAAUCGAAACAGCGCAACGUGCCAGUGGCGGAACAACCGUCACCGUUCAGGAGUUUUUAUACAAUCUUCCCGUGCGACAGAAACGAACAAAAAAUUUAGAAUUCAACGAAAUCAAAGAAAAUCUCCAAAAACUAUUUUUACUACAUCCGAAUAUCACAUUUUCAUUACGUGAUGAUUCAACAAAAAAGAUCCUAUUUAGUUCAACUCCCGUUGAAACUGUUGAAUCUGCUUUACAACAACAAAUUGAUAACUUGGAUGAAAAACUCAUAAAGUAUUAUUCAAUUACCAGAGGGCGCAUGAUUGUAAAAAUUCUGCUUUAUUUAAAGCAGUAUGAGAAUAGCAAGUGGCAAAUGUUUUUCGUCAACAAAUUACACGUAAAAUCAGCACAGCUUACGAGUCACGUGAAUGAUAUUUUAUCAAAGAGUGCUUUGUGCAACAAGAAAACAAGAAACAAUUGGAGUAGUGCUGGUGGUGGUAACUAUAUGUAUUUGUUUAAUAUCACAUGCCCAAAUUCAAAAUACCAUAUAAUUAAUUACAACGAUGUGGAGUUUAAAAAUUUAGAAACAAUAUACAAAGUGAUUGAGAGGCAGUUGCGCAAAAUAUUCAAAACAGAAAAUAUUUGGAUAGCAGAACCAGAAAAGAAGAAGAAAAUUGAAUGUAAUUUAGAGAGGCGUAUUCAUUUGUCUGGAUUUCCAGGAGCUUUUAAAGCUACGGCCGUACGAAAACCGGGCGAAGAAAUUGAAGAAGAAGAAGAUGAAGAAAAUUUUGUAUAUAAUCCAGAUUUUAAAGUAAAUUGUCAAACUGAACAACGUGUUGAAACUAAAUCUGCUUCAAGUGUGGAGGAGCCCUUGAGAUUAACAUAUUCAUCAUCUUCUUAUCCUGAUUUACUAAGACCUCCUUACCAAGAAGAUAAAGAAGUUUUUCCAAGUACAAACUAUUCCUGUAGUCAAGAUAAUAAUCAAAAAAUAAUUACAAUGAAUGUAAAAGAACCUUUAGAAACCACUUCAACGAUAGGAAGAAAUUAUGUUCUAAAUAAAUUUUUGCAGGACAAUAACUACAAUCCAAAGAUAUGUCCUCCAAAUGAUAAAUUUGAUGAUCAACAUAGAAAAGAAAGAGAAUAUUUAAAAGAACUGCAAAUGAGAGAAGCUUGGAUUUUGAAAAAAGAAAAAGAGCUACAAAUCGCACUUGAAAAAGCGCAAGCAAUAGAAAUUGAAAGAAAACGUGAUAUUCCUUAUUUAAACCCGAAUGAAAAUAUGAAAAAGUAUCAUUAUGAAAGCAAUCGAAAUGAUGUUGCAUUAGCGCAUUAUUAUCGUUAUAAACAUGAGCGGAAACGUCGACAAGAAAACGAUCUUAUGACAUGA